CGCACCAAAUAUGAAGCUGUCAAUGGGCCUUGCUCGGUGAAAUAGAUAAUAGUCAGGACAUCUCACUAUGGCAGGUAAAGCCCACACCUUGUGCAAUAUUACGGCCAAUAUUGGAGAGAUAAAUGAAGAGAUCAGAUUAUACAAUAAUCUCAGUCUUAAGCAUACACUGCAUCCACUUUGUCCUCAUCAUUUUGAAUAUUAUGCGUUUCCCCACGUCCGCCUUCGCGCCCUGUGCAAAUGAAUGCACUCUUUCGCAAUAGCUUGCAGGCAGGGACACACACGCACACGCAUGCACACUCAUACAAUACACAGUUGCAGGGAGUAACUACUUUCUGUUGCCUGGUUGGCGUUUGCAAGGUGAUCCAGCGACGUGACUGGUGUUGAAAAUGCACACCUGAGGCCUGCACAGAAAUAUAGCAAGUACAUGUACUGUCUGAGAGAACUGAACCAGUAGGGUGUGCAGAGGGCACUGUAACGAUGAUCUGAUUAAUUACUUCUCCUCAUGAAGACAUGAUUGGUGAUAUGUAAGCUUUCCAUUCACUGUCACACAAAAUAUCAAUAUAUCACAUUACAAACCAAAUAACACAACUUUGCACCUUCUCUAACACUGGUUUUAACCAGGGCAUCAAUGUUUAAAAAAGGUGCAGCAUCAACCACUUCUUUUUUUUUUUUUUUACAGUCUACUUUCGAUUUCCAUUCCACCAGCAAUGUUAUUAACUGCACAGCCUAAUAUGCCACUAUAAAACAUUACAACUCAUUUUAACUAGCAGAACACAGCACAGUACAACAGAAUGGUUGAGAUUCUUUUUCUGCUUAGGUCACAUGGUUGCUGCAGCUUGUUGCUAGGCAGCGUCUGUAGGGCUCAGUCAUAACUGCCCCACAGGCUAAUGGAAACAAUGUCAUGGCUAGACUGUUUGGAUGGCAAACUAGAGGCUGACAGUGCUAUUCCUCUGAAUGAGAGCUUAUAAGGUCGAUCCACGACUGAGUCACUGCUCUGCAUUGAAUGUAAAACACAUUUUGUGACAGUACACCAACUGUUUUGACGCAACUCUUAUUUUCCCAGUAAACUAAAGCAAAUCCCUUUAGUGUCCACUUUACUUUAAUCUGCUCUGAGUUCAAAGUCAGUCUGUUGUGUUGUGUCAAAAUCACCCUUCUGUCACAAAUGCAAGUGUUGUUGCAGCACAUGGAUUCAUGUAUCAAAAGCCUCUGAGGAGUUAAAGCAUGACGCAGGAGUAGUGAGUGUACUUCAGGCAGCCCAUUUAUCUCGCAGUGAUGACAUACUUUGGAAGAAGAAGGGUAGCCCGCAGAGUGAGUUGCGUGGGAAUUAAUGGAAUAAUAAAAGUGAAACGGGAAGCUUCCAUGCUGUGAAAACCCAUCCAACGGAUGCAUUCGCUAUACAGGUGGAGGAGGAAAGCGGAAAGGGAGGAGCAAAAAAUGGAAGGAGAUCCUUCGCUUCCCCCACAUAAGUCAGUGCACUGAGCUGGGCAACAGCAUUGUUGUGAAGGACUAUGUCAGCAUAUGUGAGAAGCAACCUAUCGGAAGGCAGCUCUUCCGUCUUUACUGUGAGACCAGGCCCAAACUGCAACGCUGCAUCCAGCUCCUGGACGCAAUGGAGGAUUACGAGGUGACGCCUGAUGAAAAAAGAAAAAGCAGAGGGGACCAGAUUAUCAAGAACUUUCUUUCCAAACAAUCACUUCAACGAGUCGACAUAGUGGAGGUCUUUGCAGAUCAGUGCAGAGAGAACCUGGAGCUCAGUCCAUGUAAGGAGAUCUUCAGCAACUGCCGCAAGGCCGUCCACGAUUACCUGAGCGGCGCUCCAUUCGCAGACUUUGAGAAUAGCAUGUACUUUGACCGUUUCCUGCAAUGGAAGAUGCUGGAGAGGCAACCAAUCACUAAAGACACUUUCAGACAGUACAGAGUGCUCGGGAAGGGAGGAUUUGGAGAGGUGUGCGCCUGCCAAGUUCGAGCAACAGGAAAGAUGUAUGCCUGCAAAAAGCUGGAGAAAAAGAGGAUCAAGAAGAGGAAAGGAGAGUCAAUGGCACUCAAUGAAAAGCAGAUCCUAGAGAAAGUUAACAGUAGAUUUGUUGUGAGCUUAGCGUAUGCAUACGAGACCAAAGACGCUCUGUGUCUAGUGCUGACUAUCAUGAAUGGAGGAGACCUGAAGUUCCACAUUUACAAUAUGGGCACACCGGGUUUUGAGAAAGACAGGGUCCAGUUUUAUGCUGCUCAGAUCUGCUGUGGUCUCAGGCAUCUCCACAGGGAAUCUAUUGUCUACAGAGAUUUGAAGCCAGAGAACAUUCUGCUAGACGACAAUGGACACAUCCGUAUUUCUGACCUGGGCCUUGCCAUUAAAGUGCCUGAAGGGGAGCUAAUCAGAGGAAGGGUGGGGACAGUAGGCUACAUGGCUCCAGAGGUGAUCAACAAUGAAAAGUACGGGAUGAGUCCUGAUUGGUGGGGGCUGGGCUGCCUCAUAUAUGAGAUGACGGCUGGGCGAUCGCCCUUCCGUGCCCGCAAAGAGCGUGUGAAGCGGGAGGAGGUGGAGAGGAGAGUGCAGGAGGAAGAGGAGGAGUACAAUGACAAGUUUACAGAGGACACCAAGGACAUCUGUAGAAGGCUGCUCACCAAAGACCCAAAGCAGAGGCUGUGCUGCCAGGGCGACAGAGCACCAGGCGUCAAGGCCCACUCCUUCUUCAAAAAUAUCAACUUCAAAAGGCUAGAGGCUGGAAUAGUGGAGCCUCCGUUUGUGCCUGAUCCUCGGGCAGUGUACUGUAAGGACGUGCUGGACAUUGAGCAGUUCUCCACAGUCAAGGGAGUGAAUUUGGACCAAACUGACAAUGACUUCUACUCCAAAUUUGCUACAGGCAGUGUUUCCAUCCCAUGGCAGAAUGAGAUGAUAGAAACGGAGUGUUUCAGAGAUUUGAAUGUGUUCGGCCCUCAAGGGGCAAGACCUCCAGACCUUGACUGGAGUCAACCUCCAGAGCCACCAAGACGCAGCUUGCUCGACAGGAUCUUCAGGAGGCACCACCCAGAGGUGCCUAUUUCCCACAGCCGUGUGCAGUCUUCCAGCGUAAACUCUGUGGACUCCAUGUCCAACUCUGCCCCCUAGUGGUGCAGUGACAGCGUGGGAGCCAUACAUGCAAAGCGAAGGAGCUCAGAGGGCUUCCCUUCUGGUGAUUGGUUCACAGCUGGGGCCUGAGACAGCCUGUCUAAAGUCUAACCGGCCAGCCCAUAAUGGGGGAUUGACCGGGCCCAGAAACCCGGGCCAUUUUUCUUAGUGAGGUGGUCGUAGACAUCUGGAAAUAUUUGGACAAACCCCCUUAUCCUCAGGAUUGUUGGACUACAGAAUGGAGCAACUUGUGUUGAUGGAAGCGUUAAAGGAUAAAAAAAGAAGCAUAUUCAGGGGAUCCACCGUAUAAUAUACAGUAGACCCAUCACACGAAAUAGAGAAGUGGGUCUCAGUGAUGUUUCCUUUUUCUUUUCUCCAAAAAAGUUCUUUAGGUUCUGGCCUGUAUCUUGUACCAAUAGCUUUCUAUCUAUACUGUCACCAUCUGUAUAUCACUCAUGAUACCUUCUUUGUGUUUCCUCCUGUCUUACCUCAAAUCACUCCUAAACAUUCAGAACAGACCGCCUCGUCCGUGACCUCAGCACAUAAUGGACAUCGCCUCGCGUACACUCAGGCCAAAGAUUACAGUUCAUUUUUGUGAUACUGUUGUCAUGUUUAUUUAGUGGUCUGAAGUCGUCAUUUAGAACCACGUGGGAUCAUUAUGUGCUCAGAUGAAUACAUACAUUCUCUCUAUAUACAAGCCUGCAGGCGUUAUCAUAUAGCACACAUACAGACAUGUGUCAGACAGCAUUGUGAGAAUGGUGUUGUGUUGUCAUUGCAUGGACAAAGUAUAAGUAUGGACAGCUGUAUCCCUUUGCUUCUGCAUACCUCAUUCCACUGAUGUUAUUGUAUACCAUGCAACACAGACGUCUCCCUCAGUUUACAGUGUCACUUUAUAUUUGACAAAAAAAAAAAGAAUAUGCUGUACAGAAUUUGAAAUAUUUUGUUUUGUUGUUGAUUUUUUUUUUUUUUCCUGCACAGUCCCCAUGAAGUGGAGAGGAACACAUGCACUCAGCCUGACUUAAAUGUUGCACAAUUUAAAAUAAUGUCAUGCUGUUUUUUUGGUCGCCAAAAUGAAAGUUUUACCUCCUUAUUAAGGCACAUUAUUAUAUCGGUAUUGCCAUUGCAUUGUAUUUUCUACAGUUGAAUUACAACGUCUGAAAUGUAAGUGUUCUUGCUCCUUCUAUGCCUUUUCCAUUUCAAUAAUAUUGCUGCAUAAUUGUUACAAGUACUGGUUUUUCUGUUUUGUUCCUUGACAUGUUUAAAAUGUCUCAUGCUGUCUAAAGGCCCUUCCUCUUGUAAUAUUUUCAAGACUCAAUGAGGAUGUUCACUAUGAAUGGUUGAUAUAUUACUAGCAUUUUUAUUUAUCUGGUCCACGUCAUUUAAGUCCAGAAGAGGAAGACGCUGGAAGAAACUCACAACUCAAAGAUAAAGUGGCCUUCCUGCAGCAGAAAAGCCAGUUUAAAAAGACGAGCUUCACCUCGUUGUCUUAUUUUUUAAGAAUGUUAUUGUGUUUUUUUGGAACGUCUGUGAAGAAAUGUACCUAUCCUGCAAGCCUGACCCUCACUAUAUGUCAUAUAAAAACAAGAAAAAUCAGACUGAAGUGCCUCGUUUGCAUAAUCUCCCCGACAACUUUGUGUGUUCUCUGACUGUCAUACUCAUGUUUGUGUCACUGGGGAACAUUCGUGGAGUAGUCAAUACAAUACACAAGAAGAGAGGAAGUUUGUGCGGAAGGUGUGCUGAGUGCAUGUGAAAGCCAAACCCACUGUGUCUUUCAUGGCCCAAUAAAAUUUGUGCUUUAGUUUGAGUA